AUGGGAGCAGCAGGCGGAUGGGAGCAGUAUCAGGCGGAUGGGCAGCAGGCGGAUGGGAGAUCCCAACUGCUCCGGGGAGAUUACAACUCGUCUUCGUCGAUCCCGGCAGCCGGCGGAUGGGAGCAGCAGGACUUAGCGGUGCUUCCUUGGUUGGAGAAUGCGGCGCAAGGAGGCCAGCGACGACGAGUCCUUGCACCGAACAGUUCUGCUGCUGCUUCGUCGAACCCAUUCCUCGACGUGUGCUCCGUCAAAAUGGAUUCAGGGAGACCUUUGACCGACAUGAUUAUGGAAGGUUUCACUCCAGAUGGAGUGUCUACCAAUAUCCCACCUCAUAUGAAAUACAAGCACGCGAUGACGUCCCUGCUGCGGUCAAAACCCUGUCACUCUGUAGCUGAGACUCAAACAACAAUAACCACAGUGGAGAGGCCUACAGGGGCUAAGAAGGAAAAGCAUAAAUUAAAGCAGCAUUCGAGCAUUGAAGAUUUGGAUUAUUUAUUGGCAAAGAAGAAAGAGGUGGAUGUUGAGAAGGAGUUGAAGAAAGAGGAGAGGGAGUUGAAGAAACAAGAGAUGUGCCAAAAAGCCCUUGCUUUGCAGGAAGAAAGGAUAAAACUUGACAAAGAAAAAUUUGAUUUCGAGCAGGAUCGAGAGGAAGAAAGAAUUAUGAAUGUUGAUAUGAGCACCAUGUCAACCAGAGAGUAA